AUGGCAAGGAAAAGAAAAUGUCCUGAGACAACAUCCAAUCGCGCGCAGAAGAGAGCAAAAUCCGCCAAUCGUGAUCAGAAUGGUGUGCGGGAACGGUCGCCCUACUUGCACCAUUCUGUGCUAUCAUCCUUCUAUCCUCAAGUCUGCACGCUGAGGAAUUAUCUGCUUGCGGGCCUGCCCACCAGUUCUCGGGUGCGGAGACGGAAGCUGACGGGGUUCGGAAAGGAUGAGGCCACUUCCAUCCUCGACACCUGCUUAGUGGGUUUGUUGACGCAACCUUCGAUUUCUGUCCGAGAGUCGCGCAGGAUUGAAUUUGCGACGUUUACUCAAACCCAGGCCCGUGCAACAGGGGCAAAUACAGGCCGAGCCCAGCCGUGUUGCAUAGAUGAGGUUAUCGACUUUGUCAUUUGGUCGCUAUUCAGGGGUGACUUGACCAAGCGUGGUCGGCCUUCCCACAUUCUUUGUCAUGGUCUCCAGAGAGGAGCUGUCCACGAAGACCGUCGGGGAGCGGCGCCCACUUCGCUGCCUGGUAUCAUCCGAAGGCAUCCUAACGACAAUCUGACCGCUCUGAAGACUGCCCCGUGGUCGGAUAUCUUGCCUCUGCUGGGUGCAGAUGCUGAGGUCAUCUUCUCCAGUCUUCUAUUAGACUGCGGUAUCUUCACACGGAUUGAAAGUGGGAAGGACAAUUACUUCCAACUCAGUGGCAUCCCCCUGUCAGACUUGCCGGAACUCAAGCCUGCUCGCGCCGAGCGAGCUCCUCCCAGCAAUGCGGGAAAGGAGCACGUCCUGAGUGUUAAUAGCAUUAGCUUUGCGAGGCACCGAAUGCUAUAUGCCAGGCCGUCUUUUAGUGCUGCUGGCAAGGUCAAAUUCGGACUCCAUCAUACCCACGUUCUACAGAGGCUCGCGGACGACACCGAUCAGCGUCAGGCUGUUCACCUUCUGAAGUAUAUCUUUCCACGGCAAUUUGGGCUUCACAAUGUCUUCCGGUCGAAAGCCCGUGCAGACGAGACGACUCAGAAAUAUAUUGAUUAUACCUUUCGCGAACAGGAAAUCACUAGCCAGAGAAAGAGAUCCCCAAGCUGGACUCCACGUCGACUCCGUGGCGAAACCAUUCGACUCGUCCGGAAGAUCCAUCGGAAUCACAAAGCUUGCUCGUACAGCCAGCUUCUGAGACACUACUGCCCUCUUAUUUCGAGCCAAUGUCAAGGUCAGGCCGCUCAACCAGGGCGAGCCGAUUUGUCCCUGCCUAGCUCAGACCCGUUGGUCACACAACACUUGCUCUCUGGGACAUCGAAAGCGAGGGCGGACACACCAAUCAAGGGACAUGACAGCGAUACCUCGUUCCUGCCACAUGCGACUCCUGCGGCUAGAGUAUCGGCCUUUUGUCGCGCCGUCGUCUCCAGCUUGCUCCCACGCAAUGCCUUCGGAAGUGGACUAGAUGGUCAGGAAAAUCGGAAGAUGAUACUCAACAAGGUCGACGACUUUGUACAGAUGCGCCGCUUUGAGAGUAUGACGCUGCAUCAAGUGCUACAAGGUUUUCGCAUAACCUCCAUUACUUGGCUGUUUAACCCUGGAAAUCUCAAAGGAAAAAUGAGUAAAUCCGACUACUCGAAGCGGUGCGAGCUCUUACAGGAGCUUAUGUAUUACGUCUUUGACUCGUUGUUGAUACCGAUAAUCAGAGCACAUUUCUAUGUCACAGAAAGUUCCACCCAUCGAAAUCGCUUGCUCUACUUCCGCCAGGACGUAUGGCGGAAGCUAUCAGAGCCCAGCCUGGCGACCCUCAGAUUGAAGAUGUACUCACUCAUGACACCUAGCAACGCCCGCCACCAAUUGCAAUCACGCAGCUUGGGAUACAGUCAACUAAGGCUCCUCCCCAAAGACCAGGGAGCGAGACCAAUCACCAACCUGAAGCGAAAGCAAUCGAAAGCAGGCCCUGGGCAAAGAGUGGUGGGCCAAAGUAUCAACAAUCAGCUUGCUCCAAUAUUCAGCAUUCUCAACUACGAACGUGCACGUGAUCCCUGGCGACUGGGUUCUGCCUUGUUCUCGGUGGGGGAUAUUCAUGGCAGAGUGGCGGAGUUCAAGAGGACAGUCCCGCCCGGAUCUCGGUUGUUUUUCGCCAAAGUCGACGUCGAAUCCUGCUUUGAUACCAUACCCCAAGACCACCUCCUUCGCUUGGUCGAAGACUUGCUCUCUGAACCGUCGUACCGGACCACAAAGCACAUCGAGGUGAAGUCUCUCGACCGCGGAUAUCAGGGACACGCCGAGGGCCUGAAACGAAAAUGGGCCGGCAUAGCUCGUCCAGCUCAUGAACAGGCCGUGUUUUCAGAGACAUCAGUAGCUGGACUCGCCGCAAAGAAGCGCCAGGUGAUAUUCUGCGGUCUGGGGCAACAGAGGGUGUGGAGUCGGCAGUCCGUGCUCAAACUUCUGCAGGAUCACAUCAGCGACAGCAUGGUCAAAAUGGGAAAGAGAUACGCAAAGCAAAUCGACGGCAUACCACAAGGCUCUGUUCUGAGCAGCCUGCUCUGCAACUACUUCUACGGAGCCUUCGAGCGAAACGAGCUGGGGUUCCUCCAUCCUCAAUCAUGUUUACUCUUACGACUGAUUGAUGAUUUUCUGCUUGUGACAACGAAUGACAAGCUUGCCCGACGGUUCCUGGAGGUAAUGGCGAACGGUGACCAGGGCUAUGGUAUCCAGGUCAAUCCCGAGAAGUCUCUGGUCAACUUUGACGUGACCGUCAAGGGCCGAAAAGUGCCCCGAGUUCCCGGCGAGGCUGCAUUCCCUUAUUGCGGAAUGGCCAUCAACGUCCGGACGCUGGAAAUGAAGAAAGAUCGGGAGAAGAAGGACGAACGAGUGAGCAAUUCUCUGACCGUGGAAAGCUGCUCGAGGCCCGGAGUGGUCCUGAAACGGAAGAUCAUGGCCUCGUUAAAGAACCAAAUGCAUGCCAUGUUGCUGGACCUGUCGCUCAACAGCCGAGCCCAGGUAAUCUCGACGUUGGUCGGGAACUUCACUGAGGCAGCGAUGAAGAUGCACCAGUACUUGGUGGGAAUGGCUGCGAGAAAUCGUCCACCACCAGAGCUAGUGCGAGGUCUGGUUCAAGACUUGGUGGUUGCAGGUUGCAAGAUUUGCCGGGCGAAAAACAGUCUCAAUGGUCAGGUCCAGCAUAUCACCCAGGCGCAAAUGUGCUGGAUCGCAGCUGUAGCAUUCGAGGGAGUGCUCACACGAAAGCAGACCCAGUACCAGGAUCUGUUGGCGUGGCUCAAAGCUUUGAGGGAGUACGCACAGCCGAGGAUGAACAUGGAACAAGCGGUCCUUGAACAACUCCUCCAAGACAACAACAAGGCUUUCCAGACGUAUGUGUACUGA